CAGCUGUCCCUUUAAAUUUUCCCAAAAGCCCCUUAAAGAGCCCUAGGGGCCCAAAACCCGCUCCUCACUCAAAAUAGCGGCAGUGUUUCUGAAAAGCGGCCAGAGACCACUUUAUGUAUCAGAAACGACCGGAGCUCGCUUCUGCACGGGCGAUCGGAGAGAAACUAAACUAAGUUGCCGGGAUUCGGACGGGCGCAGAGGGGCGCUGCGCAGUGUGUGUGUGUAUUUAACUGCACGCCACUUUGGUAUCGCCAGCUUGCCUUAGCAUGACGUUGUGACCGCGGCAUUAUGCCCUGAUCCCCGGUAUCCAUGUAAUAAUAUAACCAUUAAGUAAACUGGGCAGCACAGCAAAGAAAAUCGGACGCGGCGGUGCACAUGUGCGAACCGCUCUAGGCUCCGGAAAGGAUCGGACACAAGUGACCCAGGACCCUUUGCAGGUUGGGUCCAGAGACUGAAUGGACGACAUUGCCAUAAAUGGACAUGAGGGGGCGGAGACAGGGGUGGGCGCAGCAAGUUUCACGAGCUCAUCGGAGUUACCCGAGUCUCAUGGGUCACCACAGUGCGAGCCGGGCCCCAAUCGGGCCAGGAGGAAGGGGCGUGUCCAGGGCCGAGACCACCGGCGGAACUACCAGGAGCAGUGGCGGGCGGAGUUCCUCAUGGAGUUUGAGGCGGCGCGCGGCGUGAUGGUGUGCAUGGUGUGCGGCAGCUCGCUGGCCUCCCUCAAACUCAGCACCAUCAAGCGGCACAUCCAGCAGAAGCACCCCGACACGCUGUUGUGGGCCCCCGCUGACAAGCAGCUGCUGCUCUGCGACUGGGAGGCCGCACACACACCCAGGGGCUCCGCUGGGGCCCCGGGGCCCGAGAGUGAAGGUGUCCCACCAAAGGCAGAGCCGGCACCGCAGGAGCCACAGCCUGCGCAGCCUGGGCCCGGAGGGGGUCGCGAUCCGCUGGCCCAAACGCUGGAGCGCUAUGCCAACGACACGCUGCGUGCCUGGCUCCGGCAGGAGUUCCUCAUGGAGUAUCGUGCGGCGGAGGGGCCGGCUGCUGUGCAUGGUGUGCGGAGCCCAGCUGCCUGCGCCGCAUCUGCAGCACGUCAAACUGCACGUACUGCAGCAACAUCCCGACUCGCUGGUGUACAGCUCCGAGGAGAAGCACCACAUCCUGCGGGGCUGGGAGCAUGCCUCACCUGAGAGCCCCGAUGCCCUGAAACCAGACCAUGAGGCCCCAGCUGACGAUCGCAGAGACAUGCCUUCCGACGCCGCUUCGGGCUCCACACAAAGCUGGGGGUUUGGCAACGCUGUGGAGUAGCAGGUGUGAGUGGGCCAUCCCCCUCCCCCCCCCACCACGGGUCAGACCUCGCCUGCAUUUCCAGGCAUCGACACAGACAGCCAAGGCAGCCGACGCUACACAGACAUGCGACCAGCAGAUGGACUGGCAGACCUGAGAUGGUGAAGGGGGGGGCCUCCUGGCUGCAAAGGUUAGAGGCCCCCCCUCGGUGUUUGGUCAGGAAGAGGACCAAAGAGGCUGUGCCCACGACAGCACUAGUUACCCGGUAAGAAAUGGAGGCACACAGCCCCCCCCCACAACAGGAAGGACAAAUGAAAUUAGCAAGGGAGAAUCUCCCCGGGGUGCUUUUUUUGGGCUAAAUAAUAAAAAAAUCAGUCUGUGUUAAUCGUAUUUUACUGUGUCUUAAGUAACAACCUCAAAUUUAACAGACCGUUACCCACAUGCAUGAUGUUGCUGGUUCAGGACAUGCACCUGAAGGUUGCUGGUUCAAGUUCCUGGAGAAGGUCUGUUGAUGUACCCUUAGUCGCAGUGAAAUAUCCAUAAGUUACGCUGGGUGAAUGCAGUUGAAAGAUGUAAGGCAUGCAUCUUCUGCAAUAGGAACCUGCAGUCAGAAUACAUGCUGCCAGGCAGUUUUAUUAGACAGCCUUUUAAUAUUAUACGCAGAAAUCUUCACGGCAGCAUCGAGGACUUGAUGCUCUUAACACCAGAGGACCCCUGUGAAGCUGCAUGGCAUAAGGGGAGAUGAACCUCCAACCAUCUAACUCCAUGCUCUUCCAGGCUGGCCAUCUCUACAUACAAACUUUAGCCGUUAAAUUAGGGAAACCAGGUGAAUAUGUUGGAUGACUGAAGUGAUGAUGUUCAUGAAAGCUUUGCGUUGUAGACCCUGAUACUUGCGCUAAUUAAAGUCCCACUAAUCCUUUGAUUAAAUGCUGAUGUACCUGGGAGGCGAGGAGGCUGUACUGUGGCAGGGAUCCACGGGGGGCCCCAAGACCUCUCUGAUGUCAUCAGAAGAAUCUGUCUCACUUGGGGAGCAGAUCCAUACCUGGACUCCACCCUCCUUGGUUUUCCUU